AGAAGAGGUAAUCAAUUCCAAUAUUUACUGCGUACUAAUUAAUUGAAGUGAAAAAUCAAUCAAAACAUUCAUUUUACGGAAUCAACACGGAUCUGCUGAACGUCGAAAUGCGCGUUCGAGAUUUGGCUUUAUUCUGUUCUGUUUUUAUUAUUGUUAACGCAGGAAAGCCAAAAGAAAAUUUCGAUGCAGACUAUUACUUCAGUUCUUCGCUAAGAUCGACGGAGACGUGUGACCAUUUAUCCAAAAUGUAUUGUCAUCUUGAAUGUAAUAACAAAAAUGGAGUGUGUAUUGAUGGCAAAUGUUACUGCUUUUCCAUUAGAGAAGCUAACGCUGAAAGAUCCUCCAUAACAAAUAACUACGAGAACUCUCAAGAAUCGCUGCAAUACGCUCUACGCCCCACGGUCCGUCACCACAUAGCACAUUUCUGCCCAAACCUCGAGAUUGCCAGAUCCUGCAUACGAAAAUGUAUGGUAGAAGGGAAGCCGGCCUUUUGCGGCAAAGACCACGUCUGUUAUUGCGGACAUAAGUACAAAAAUACCGAUAUUAAUCACAAGAUCGAUGCUCAGAACGUUUACAAUCAGUUUAAGGAUCUGUACACUAAAUAUUUUGGACCUAAUGUCAAUGGUAAUAAGGGACAUGGAGAAAAUAUCGAUGCAAUUGAGAUAUAAAAUUAAAGUAUUUAACAUCUAAAACG